AUGGGCACUGGCACCGAAAUGCUCAGUAUGGACGACAGAGAGAGUCCAAGGUCACGUAACAUCCUGCGUGUCGGGCUUCACUCUCUCGGCUCAGCUUUGUGGGGUGAUGACCUGAGUUGCCAUGACAAUCCCAGACACAGCCACGCCCUGACUACCUUUCUGUAUGGACUGCGUGCCUUGCUGAGGUCGUCACUGUCAGUCGCAGUAGUUACUGUACCUUCUCAUCUUAUCCAGGACAGGGCUCUAAUGGGCAGCAUAACCAGGCUAUGUGACAAUGCCAUAGCCUUGGAAUCAUUCAAAGGCUCUGAGAGAGAGACCAACCCUCUCUACAAAGACUACCAUGGCCUGUUACAUGUACACCAGGUACCUCACCUGAACUGUCUGGCGAACCAACUCCCCGACCACAAGGACCUGGCCUUUAAGCUCAAGAGAAAACAGUUCACUAUUGAGAGACUGCAUUUGCCUCCAGACUUGUCUGAGACGGUGAGUCGUGUGAGCAGGGGGGAGCUGGCAGGAGCGGCCAUGGUGGCUUCAGCCUGUGGCUCCGGCACUUCCGGCACCAAACACCUGGACUUCUAGAGCUCCCACACAGUCGCCAUGGGCAACCAACACCUGGAACGCCGCGGCGUUGUCCUCUUUACCGCGGUGACCAGGUUGCUCCCUCGCCCACGGAAUGUCAACCGCGAUAACCCUGCCAGCCAUUACCACCUGCCAAAUGACCCAGCCAGCGGUGAAGAUCUAAACAUCCGCAGUACCUCUUCUCAUAACGGACACAUUUCAUCCUAUAUUUCAGGCCCUUCCCCCCUUUUCUUAAGCAUGCUGCACACUCUCUAUGUGUUUUCUGACAGCCGAUAUUGGCACAUUCCAAGCUGUCAUGAGAAGCUCAUUUAACUUAGGUCACUAGCCGAGCUUUUAUCCCCACGGUUUGCUUUAUUCCCUGUAAGAUGCAAGAAAGUGUGAACCCUAUGGUGUUUUGAAAUGCUACAUGAAGGUAUAUGACUGGCAGGGAGACUUAUCCAAGUCAAAUCCAAGGUGGGGAAUGAGCUUUAGGGAUUUUGUUUACAAGUUCUGUGUAAUCAUGAAAUAUUUUUUAGUCUUUUUUUGGCAAACAUUAAAUAACUAAGUUCCUGCUUAAGUCCACCAUUCACAGCAAAUACUGUUUAUUUUCAGGGUAAUGAAAUGUGCUUUUACGAACUUAAAUAAACGAGAACAAUUACACAGAA